AUGUUCCCGCGCAUUUAUCCAACACCAACAUGUUUCUUGAGCAACUUCGAAGAGCGCGCUUGGGAAAAGAAUGUGUCAUUGAGUCUUUCGAUGUCACUUCUCUUUACACCAAUGUCUCAAAAAGCGCUGCAAUGCAAUGUUCGAGCUACUCGCAGAACACCAAGACAUUCUAAAGCUGUACGGGCUUUCCAUAAGACAGAUCAUGACGCUCCUGAAUGGGGUGAAUGUCUCAAGUGCUCCACAUUUCGCUGGUCGGGACACUACUACAGACAGGUCGGGGGCUUGGCCAUGGGGCAAAGACUAGCUCCCACACUAGUGAUUGCAUUCAUGUCCAAAAUAGAACAAUCCGUCCUGGAACGAAAACUUUACUGUACUGUCGUUACAUUGAUGACUGCUGCAUUACAUGUCCCACUUAAGAUGAGAUGGACACUUGUUUCUAGCAGUUUACGGGAGAAACCCAAAGAAAAUUGGCUGCCCUUCCUCAACGUGGGAAUACAGUGGUCCAACGGCUCUGACGAAGGCGACGACGCCGAAACGUCAGCCGCAAUAAAGUUUGUUAACAAUCUUAGUUGUUGCUUAAAUUGGACUAUCGACAAGUUGCAAGGUAGCAUCAUUAUCCAUCUCGGGAAUCCGAUGGCAGCGAGCGAGGGUGCAAAUAAUCAAUCGCCACAAACGGGAAGUGCCAGAACGGCAACAGAUCAAAGUAGUGACGAAACCGUCAGCCCAGACGACGCAGUAUGGCUGUCAGAGGAUCAUUCUGAUACCAGCAGAGAAACGAUCGAAGAAGAGUUCAUAUGUAGAACUCUAAAACCAAGUCAAAUGAAACUUCCUAGGUUUUGGGGAGAUGAAGAAGAAUUUCCAGAGUUCUGGGCAGUCUAUGAAACUUUGGUACACCAAAAUAAAGUACUGAGUACAGUUGAGAAAAUGCUUCUUCUCAAAGAAAGUCUUCGAGGAAAAGCGGAAAUGACCAUCAAAGGGAUACAAUUAAUUCCCCAGAAUUAUAAAUGGAUGGUUGGAACUAUAAAGAAAAAAUAUGGUAACAAACCUAUAAAUAGAGCAAAGAUCGUGCAGAAACUAAUCGACCUUCCAUGUGCAAGGAACAAUGCCGAGAAUUGCACAUAUAUUUUCGACAAAAUAAGAAUGUUGAUUAACCAAAUGGUAUUGGCGGGCCAGGAUAUACCCAAUACACAAGAUGUCAUGUGGAAAGAAAGAAUACUGGAGAAGUUUCCGUACAAUAUUGUGAAAAAUGUCCUUAUAUCGAUCCAAGAAAUGGAAGACGUGAAAGUAGAAAACGUUAUGGAGCAACUCGAAAAAGAGAUCAACGCUAAAAAAAUUCGUUGA